CAAAAGGAAGAGAGCGGAGAAAAGGAAAAAAAAAUCUUGGAUUGUUUUAGGAAUGAACGCUGAGACUUGUGUUUCAUACUGUGACAUGACGGUCAUGGAUUCCUAUUAUAGCAAUUCCGCACAGCAAAGUAGAGAUCAGCACCAAACGAACCCGUUUAGGACAUUUCAAGCAAAUGACACCAAGUACAGCCCCACUUUCCUGACCAACAAAGGUCAGGCUUAUGGGGAAAAGUCGCGGAGUCCUUUCCAACAGGAAUGCCAGCCAUUGGAUGCCAGUUCUGGGGAAGGUACUUUUAACAAAUACCACCUCUACAUGCAGAGGACUUCAUCCAAAACUCCUCCAGAAGGAAACAAACACCACCAGGAAAGCAACCACAACGGAGCGCUCGUUUGUUAUAGCAAAGACUCCUCUGGAUUGACCGACUCCGAGUUACCCCCCAGCUCUGAACCAGCAGGAAUGGACAGCAGCUACCUCACCGUGAAGGAGACAGGGGUCAAAGGGCCUCAAGACCGAACAGGAUCUGACCUGGCCAGCCCACUGGACAAGGGCGAAGGCGACAGUAACAAAGGCAAAAAGAGGAGAAAUCGAACCACUUUCACCAGCUACCAGCUAGAAGAGCUCGAGAAAGUCUUCCAGAAGACUCAUUAUCCUGAUGUCUAUGCCAGGGAACAGCUGGCACUCCGAACAGACUUGACGGAGGCUCGGGUGCAGGUGUGGUUUCAAAACCGAAGAGCAAAGUGGAGGAAGAGAGAGCGAUUCGGGCAGAUGCAGCAGGUCCGCACCCACUUCUCAGCCGCCUAUGAGCUCCCCCUACUGACCCGCGCAGAGAACUACGCUCAGAUUCAGAACCCGUCAUGGAUCACCGGCAGCAAUGCGGCAUCUCCAGUGCCAGGGUGUGUGGUCCCCUGUGAAACGGUCACCUCCUGCAUGACCCCACACCCUCACACGAGCAGCGGCGGAGUCUCCGAGUUCCUAGGGGUGCCCGGCGGCAGUGGGCACAUAGGACAGUCUCACAUAGGAAACCUCUUUGGCAAUCCAGCCGCCAUCAAUGGCUAUGAUCUGAACGCGGAGCCCGACCGCAAGACCUCCAGCAUCGCAGCCCUGCGGAUGAAGGCUAAAGAGCACAGCGCGGCCAUCUCGUGGGCGACAUGAUGCCACGGAGAGGAGUGAAAGAAAAAAAUGAAAAAGUAUAAAUCAGAAAAAAAAAAAAAAAAAAAAAAGCAUGGCAUCCCAGCUAUUGUCCUGCAUUGGCGCUUGCACACACGUCUUCCAGCAGAGGGCGACACUCUCUUAUUGCAGGAUUCUACCAAGGAAAAUACGACUGGCACUGAGUGGACGAAUCAAACGAAACUCCCUUGAUGACCCACCCAGUAAAACCAUUUGGCCAGUGGUCAGUCGGAGGCCUCCUUUCAACUGGAAAACGUGUGUGUGUGUGUGUGUGUGUGUGUGUUGUUUUUUUUUUGUUUUAGUCUUUUGCCUAAAGUGGAAAAAACAGAAGGAAAAAGUACACAACUUGCCAAAAGACAUUUUUGUGUGCCGUCUGAAGAGGAUACAAAUGGCCACCCAUUUGAAGAACUGAACAUUAAAAUCUGCAGCACCUCCAAUAUGUGGACAUCCACAUGAGUGACAAAGGUGUCCCACCAGGGGCGUGGCUUAUGCAAAUCAGGCCAUCCUCAAGUGCUUGUGCUCCAAAGCCUCUUAAAGUGCCCCGCCUCCAGUUUAUGGAAAUCCAAAUCAGGUGCAGUGUUGCACUGAGGGGGUGUGGUUUAUGCAAAUUGAUCAUGUCCUCAAAGAAGUCUGUAAAUGCCCCGCCUCCUGAAUUUAAGAAAAUUCAAUUCAGUGACAGUGUUGUGGUAAGGGGGCGUGGUUUAUA